AUGGAGGCCGCAACCAAAGGCCACUUCCGUCUUGCGGGACGCGAAUUCCCCAAGGUCAACUGGCUUACUGACCCUGGUUUGAGGAGAAACUACAUCUGCUUGAUGUUCGUCGUCAUUACCAGUGCCACCAAUGGUUACGAUGGCUCUAUGAUGAACGGUCUCCAGGCCCUCACUAUCUGGAAAGAGGAUUUCAACUACCCUUCUGCAGCUUCAUUGGGUCUGCUCAACGCCAUCAUGUCCGUCGGUUCUCUUGUCGCUCUUCCCGUUGUCCCCUACAUCGCCGAUGGUCUGGGUCGUCGCGCUGGUAUCCUCACUGGUUGUAUCCUCAUGAUCGUCGGUGUUGUCAUUCAGUCUGCUGCCAUGAACCUCAACAUGUUCAUUGGCGCUCGUUUCCUCAUUGGAUUCGGUGUUGCUGUCGCCCACGGUGCUUCGCCUCUGCUGCUCACCGAGCUCACCCACCCUCAACACCGUGCUCUUUUCACUACAAUCUACAACACCACUUGGUACCUUGGUUCGAUCGUGGCUGCAUGGUUGACCUUCGGAACCUUCCACAUCCACAACCACUGGGCUUGGAGAAUCCCCUCGAUUGUACAAGCUUUCCCUUCCGUACUUCAGCUUGUCUUCAUCUGGUUCGUUCCCGAGUCACCUAGAUUCUUGAUCUCCAAGGGCAAGAUCGAGCAGGCCCACCAGGUUUUGGCCAACGUUCACGCCAACGGAAACCUCGAGGACGAAGUUGUUAUGCUCGAAAUGGCCGAAAUCAGAGACACCAUCAAGCUUGAGCAGGAGUUCGAGGCCAACGGCUGGGCCCAGCUCUUCAAGACCCCCGGUAACCGCCACCGUCUGAUCAUUCUCUGCUCUGUUGGUUUCUUCUCGCAAUGGUCCGGAAACGGCCUGGUCUCGUACUACCUCACAAUCGUUCUCAACCAAAUCGGUAUCACCGACACCAACACUCAGCUAGUUAUCAACGGUGUUCUGCAGAUCGUCAACUUCAUCGUCGCCGUCGGACAAUGUUUCUUCGUCGACAAGGUCGGUCGUCGCACUCUGUUCUUGAUCUCGACUGCUGGUAUGAUGAUGGCUUUCAUCGUCCAGACCAUCUGCUCCGCCCGCUUCAAGAUUGCUGGAACUGAGGCUUCUGCCAACGCUGUCGUUGCCUUCAUCUUCAUCUACUACGUCUUCUACAACAUUGCCUUCUCGGGUCUUUUGGUCGGAUACUCUGUUGAGAUUCUUCCUUACAACAUCCGUGCCAAGGGUAUGACUCUCAUGUUCUUGUGCGUUGAUCUCGCACUCUUCUUCAACCAAUACGUCAACCCCGUUGCCCUCAACGCUAUCGAGUGGAAGUACUACAUCGUCUACUGCUGCUGGCUCGGAUUCGAGCUCUUCAUCGUCUGGAAGUUCUACAUCGAGACCCGCAACACUCCUCUCGAGGAGAUUGCCAAGUACUUCGACGGAGAUUCAGCCAUCGUUGGUGGUGCUGCCGCAACGGAGAAGAGCAAGGUGUUGGCUGCCGAGAUCGGUGGUCUUGGUACCGUCAACAUGACCGAGAAGGACGGCAUGGCUGUCGAGCACAGAGAGCUGUAG